UCUCUCUCUCUGACACAAACAAUUUCUCUCACACACACAAACACACAAUAAUUUUUAGAUUAACAUACCCUCCCUCUUCUUGCAACCAGUGGCCCAUUACAUUUGUCUUAACUCUAUGUUUUUGCACAACUUGUUAUCAAAAUGCACUGCCUACAAUUAGUUGAGAAAGUCCAGACAGCAUCUGUAGACACAGACAAUAGACAACAUCCUGGUUACUGUGAACGCUGGCUUUUUAUUCCCAACCCUCACCUCAAUCUCUGAAUUGUGUGCUGGGUAAAUCUAUCAAGGGAUUCUCUGGGAAAAGCCUAGUUAGUUUAGCAGACGGAUCCAAGGGUGGGAUUGAUAUGGACGGGAAAACUUGCUUGCUCAUUCUAUAUCAGCAGGAAUACAUGAGUCAGCUCUUGCUCUGUUACACCCAGAGUUGUUGCAACACACACUCUCACUCCCUCUAUCUCUCCCUCCCUCUCACAUACUCACACACAGGCCAUAUGACUGAGUCAAGCUCAGUUUUUAGUUUUGUAGCCGAGUUGCGAUAAGGCUUUCUGGGAAUCAUAGCAUGGUUGGACGGCAUUCCAUUUAGAAUGUCUGCUCAGCAGCUGGGACUUUCUUUAAUACUCUAAGACACUUGGAUAUAUAACGUCAGCCUUAUAAGAUGUCCCUGAUGGCCAUGUCUGCCCCCCGGUCGUCUGUGUUUACAUUUGAAUCUACAGUACAUUCCUCCAAUGUGCUGCGCUGCCUGGACGAGCAGCGUCGCCGGGACACGUUGUGUGAUGUUACUGUGGUGGUGGAAGGUCAGACUUUCAGUGCCCAUCGCUCAGUUCUCGCUUCCUGUAGCGAGUACUUUACAAACAGGAUCUCCUCCCUCACCCAGCAUGGAGCGGUCAUCACUCUGCCACCAGAGGUGACAGUUGCUGGUUUUAAACCCUUGCUGAAGUUUGCCUACACAUCUAAACUUCUCUUCGGGAAAGAUUGUGUCUUAGAGAUACGUAACUCCGCUUCUAUUCUUGGUUUCAGAGACCUAGACGAGGCAUGCUUUGAUUUUCUCCUCCCUAAGUUCUUCUCCAGCAGCAAUAGUUCUGCUCCUUUUCCAAGAAAGACCUGCUGUAAGAAGAAAUGCAAGAGGCGAUUAUCAAAGGAAGACAGUGGCAUUGACUCUAACAAUGUAUUGUUGGGUAAGAAAGAAGUAAAACCAGUUGCUGACUCACCAUAUCAGCAGGAACCGGCUUGGUGUCACAAAUCAGUGAACAACAAAAUGGGAAGUCAGAACAGUACAGGCGCUCUUACACCUGCAAUUGAAGAGACAAGCGACCAAUUUAUGCAGUGUCCUAAGUAUCGCAAGUUCCAACUGGCUUAUGGAAAGGAAAAUUGUGUCACAGAGAAAAGUCUCAACAAUCCAGCAACAGUAAUCAGGGAUGACAGUAACCUCUCCUGCUUGCCCUGCUCCAGCAGUGUGAACAACAAGAAGGAAACUGACUUUACAUUCUGUGGAAAUUCAUUCUUAAAUUUCACCAAGCAGAAAAAAGGAGGGGCUGAUGAGCCAUGGGAAACUGAAAUACAUGUCAAGAAAACAGAGAAUGGUUUGUACAGAGGGGAGGUUGAUGUUAUUGAGAAAGACACAAAUGAAAGGCAGAGAAAACUGGAAAAGAAGGAAAGAGAGAUGGUUCUGGAGGAAGACAUUAGCUCUUCAGACAGAUCCAAUGUCAAGGCAGUCUCCUCCCAGCCAGGCACAGUGCUGAGUGAGAGGUCAUCAGAGUUAAUAUUGCAUGAAUGCCCCCUGAAGAUCUUUGGUGAGGGCCCUGCACUGUCACCAGGGCACACAAGGGUUAUCAUAGACAUUACAGAAGGCAAGAAAACAAGGGACUGCUGUUUACUAUCACCAAUAUCUAUUAAUCGAACAACAACAGAACAGGUAGAAGCUGAGCGGAAAAGAGCUGAUGAUGAGAUUGUACAGACAGGCAGCAUGGAGAGAGCAGCCCUGUUGGUAAAUGAUGCCAGAGAAAGGAGCACUGUGGAAAGGGAGAUGGCCGAGCAUCUGGCUAAGAGGUUGGGGUCUGACGUGGGCUUUUCUCAGCUGAACUUCCAGGACCCUGAUGCAGGAAGUUCCUCUGAUGCAGGGAGUGGACGUGCACAGAGUACAUCUUUAGGGUGGCUACAGUUCCACAACCUCAGCUCCACAAGCACCGGCUGUCCCUUUUUCCAGGAUCUGGAUCAAAGCAAAUGUUUAUGGAAAGGAGCAGAGCUGUCCGAGUGCGAGGGGGCAUCUCAGUCCGGUGUGUCAUCCAUCAACUCAGGGGAGGAUGGAGACUCAGAGACAGAAACAGAAGGAGACAGUGAAACCUACACAAGAGAAAGGGCCAAAGAGGUGCAGUUGCCAUUCUCUGUAGAUUGGAUUGUGGAUCUGAGCAGAAAUGACUUCCAGCAGCUGCUAAAGCAACAGGUCUUUACUCAUGAACAGCUGGAGUUGGUCCAUGAUAUGAGACGUCGCAGCAAAAACCGCCUUGCAGCUCAGCGUUGCCGGAAGAGGAAACUAGACUGCAUACAUAAUCUGCAGUGUGAAAUCAACAAGCUGAAGACGGAGAGGGAGAAACUGAUGACAGAGAAGAACCAUCUGAGCCAGCUGAAGUUGAAAACAUGUCACAGUGUCUCUACAUUGUACCAGAGGGUCUGCAACGAAGCCAACCUGCAGCCAGAACAGCUCCAGGUGUUAGCCAAAUACACCUCUGCAGACUGCCCUCUGUCCUCCUUUUUUCCUCACAUAGACACACUCCUUUUACAGCCUGGGUUGACACUCCAGCCACAGGCUUUACUCUCGGCCUGUUUUGUGGACCUUGAUAAGUAUGUGGCGUCUGAGGAGGCUUCGUCCAGCUCCAGAAAGGAUUCAGUCACAGGAGAUGGUGAACAUUCGCUUUAGAUACCCAGUCAGCACACAUACAGUAUAUACAGCACAUGAUCUCAAACUAGUUAAUAAAUGGUUCCCACAUUGUAUCAUAUGGUAUCUGAAAACAUUACCCCAGACUAUGGACUGAGUACAGGCGGCACAAUAAAGCAGUGUCAUACUUGUGAUCCAUUUAUAAUGUGAUGUAAGUAGCACAAACUUUAAUUAACUACCUUCCUGGGUAACACUUUACAAGAAGUCUUUAAAAAAAGGG